GGUAGUGCCACCCUCGGUUCUUCCGUCGACUGUUCAUCAAAGUUCCCAUCGGAUUCAACUCCGAAACACAUAUAUACAUACAGUAUAUAUAAAUGUUCUUCAUCAAAAGAAUGCCUUGCUAGAUUAUCGGCUUCUUAUUGCUUUUAUUUGUUUAUGUUAAUCUGAAUAGUAUUGCACAGAUUACUCUGCUGUUCAGUGUCAUUUCAGCUCUAUUCAUUCACCUCGAUCCCUGAUCUCACCCUGUAUAUUUAUCUCCCUGUAUCUAUCUAUACAUUUGUAUUGGUCGUGACCGGGUUUGAUCAUGGCGUUUGCGGCUGCGAUUAUUGUCCCUCUGGGCCUCAUGUUCUUCAUCUCUGGUCUCAUUACCAAUCUCAUUCAGGCCAUAUGCUUUAUCCUUAUAAGGCCAUUGUCAAAGAGCAUAUAUAGGAGAAUAAAUAGGGUGUUUGCUGAACUGUUGUGGCUGGAGGUGGUUUGGCUUGUUGAUUGGUGGGCAGGUGUUAAGAUUAAAGUGUACACAGACCCAGAGACGCGUAAAUUAAUGGGUAAAGAGCAUGCUCUUCUCAUAUGCAAUCACCGAAGCGACAUAGAUUGGCUGGUUGGAUGGGUUUUAGCUCAGCGAUCAGGUUGCCUUGGUAGCGCAUUAGCUGUAACGAAGAAAUCAUCGAAGCUCCUUCCCGUAAUCGGUUGGUCCAUGUGGUUUUCUGAGUAUCUAUUCCUUGAAAGAAGUUGGGCAAAGGACGAAAACACAUUAAAGUUAGGUCUACGAAGGCUUCGGGAUUACCCACAGCCAUUUUGGCUGGCACUUUUUGUUGAAGGUACGCGCUUUACACAGGCGAAACUUUUAGCUGCUCAAGAAUAUGCUGUCACGUCUGGUUUACCCAUUCCAAGGAAUGUCUUGAUUCCUCGCACCAAGGGAUUUGUUAUGACGGUAAGUCAAAUGCGCACAUUUGUUCCAGCUAUUUAUGACUCGACAGUUGCGAUUCCCAAAAGUUCUCCAGUGCCGACAAUGCUAAGGAUGUUUAAGGGACAAUCCUCGGUGGUCCAUGUUCACAUCAAGCGCCAUCUGAUGAGUGAACUGCCAGAAAACGACGAGGCAAUUGCUCAAUGGUGUAAAGACAUCUUCAUUGCCAAGGAUAAAUUAUUAGACGAGCACAUUGCUAAAGACACCUUUGGAGAAGAACGAGUACAAGACCUUGGCCGGCCAGUAAAAUCCCUCGUGGUGGUUUUAUCUUGGUCGUGUUUAUUGAUUCUAGGGGCCGUAAAAUUUUUCCACUCCUCGGGGGUUUUGUCCUCGUGGAAAGGACUCACUAUUUCAGCGACUGUCUUGGCAGUUGUAACGGUUCUCAUGCAAAUUUUGAUCAUGUUUACUCAGUCAGAACGCUCGACGCCUGCUAAGGUUGCAUCAGCGAAGCCCAAAACAGUCGUCGAGAACGGAGAAGGUAAGGAGAAGUGAUUCUGUCUAUCUGCUGGCUGGCCUUCAUUUUCAAGGAUCAGAUGUAAUUAUCCUGUAGUUAUUUUGAUUGCCUGAUCCAAGAUUGUAAUUUUGGCUGCUGUGGAACAUGUUUUUUGUUUGAAUUCUUGAAUGAAAGAUGUUAGAUUCUUACAUCAAUUCUAAAUAUGUUGAUCUUCAA